UUUAUAAAGAAAUAAAUUUUUUUUUUGAAACAAUUUUUUUUAAAUUUGAAUUUUUAUAAUUCGUUUCACCUGGGAUUUUUUUUUGGGGGGUGAAGGGGGGUAAAAUGGGUUCUCUAUCUCGUGGCGCAGUCGCCUAGACAACGGCGGCGCCACGUGCAUGUAUGCGCACAUUACGCCGUUUUUCAAGCCAUAGGUAUGUGUAUUUUGCAAGUGAAGAAGCGAGAACUCCCGGGAUACGAGAAAGACAAAUUCCUCUAUGGAAUAUAAAAGGGGUAUUGCGGGGAUGAAAUCGGGACACACCGGGUGGAAUACGAGAGAAAACCGCUACGAUAUACCGCAGUAGGGGUGGCGAGCUCUGAGCCACCUCCCCCCUUGUUUGGAAAAAAAAAAUAAAAAAACGUCAUUGGCACACUGACGCAUGGUUGACGCACUCCCCCAUUAUCAGUGUCCCACGUUUUUAAUAAUAUCCCUUAGUUUCUUCUAUCGUUUUCAAAAAUAGUGCGCGAAUUAUUCUUUUAUUUCAUCUGUUUCGAUUUUAAGAAUAAAAACAAAAUCUUCCUCUUUCUCAUAUCUGAGUGAAAAAGAAAAACAAGAGAAAAAUUUAACAAAAAAAAAAAAACGUGUGAGUGAAAAAUUAAUAUAACUUAAGAAAAAGAAAAAAAAUUAAUUGGAGAAAUUUAUGAGAAAAAAAAAAUAAACUCUUCCUGUGAGUGGAAAAUUAUUUUUUAGAAAAUAUAAUUCAAAAAAUUUCAGUUGGAAAUUUAUAUAAACAGAUUAAUAGAAAUAUGAUUAUAAAAUAAAAAGGAAAUUGAGAGGAAAUUGAUGAAAAUGAUACAGAACGAGGAUAUUAAUUUUCCAAGAAGAUAGAAAAAUAAAUUAAAUUUCUAAUUAUUAUAAACUGAGAAUUCUACCAAAAAAAUGAAUUUUCUUUCUUCUCUUUUUUCAAGAAACAAAAUAAAGUUCAGAUAACAAAAACAAAAAAAAAAAAAAAAAAAAAAAACUACAGUUAAAGUGUUAAAAAAAUAAAUAAAUGUUGAAAUUGUGAAAAGUUAAAAGUGUUAAAUUAUUAAUUAUAAAAAAAAUCAUUUUCGAACAAUUUAAAUAAUAUAGAAUUAAAAAAAUAUUUUCUAUAGAAAAUUAAAAUAUAAUAAUAAUAGUUUUAUCAAAAAAUAGAAUUGUAGUGAAAAAAAAAAACGAAAUCUCGAAAAACAAAAAACUGAACCUUCAAAAGCAAUCACGUGACUGGUGAUUAUUUAUCCCGCGCGAGACAGACGUUUCAAUUUUAAUAAACCAAAUUGUGUGAUAAUUAAUUAGUCAUUUUGAUUAGUGAAAUAAUUUCAAAAGCCAAUGGGUUUUAUUACUCUGUCCAUGACCUUGACUCUGACCCAGAAAUUUCCUUUUGUCGAUACAAUUCUCUUCCCUUGGAAAGUAAAAUAGUUUAUCAAAAGAAAAGUAAACAAACAUUUAUUUAGAAAAAAAAAAAAUAAUCGCAAAACAAAAAUAUUUGAAAAAAAUGAAUUUUCACUAUAUAUAUAUACAUGGAAAUUAAUAGCUAUACUUGAAAUAAUGGCAACAGGAUAAAAAGUAAAGAGAAAUAAAUAUGUUUUGUUGUCCUUGAUGUGAAUCGAUGAAAGCUUUUUAUCCGAGUAGAAACAGAAUUUUCCUUCUCCAAUUUUUUAAGUGAUCCACUUUUCCUCUAAAUUCAAAAUAUCCUAUUAUUUCAAAAAUUCACUAAAAAAAAGAAAAGAAAAGAAAAAACGUUAUAAAAAAGGCUAAAAUAAUAAUAUUUUAAAAUAGUAUACAAAAUUGUAAAAACGGAAAAUUCUAAAAAAAAAAAAAUUCAAAACAGAUAAAUUAAAAAAUUUAAAAAAUUCAUAUUUAUCAUGUUCAUAUAUGAUAGUGAAAUUUUUUUUUUCUUUGCAAAUGUUAAAAAUGACAGAGUAUUAAAAAAAAUAUAAAAAAAAAACCCCCUACCAAGAAGUUGGAUGCAUGGAAAAAUGUUAUAAGAAGAUUAAAAUGAUAAAAAUGUCAUGAUAUAGAAAUGAUGUGAAAUUAUAAAAGAAAAUCAUAAAAAAAAAUGACAAAUGAUAAAUGACAAAACUGUUAUAUUAAAAAAAAAAAAAUGUUAUAAAAUCGAGAAAAAUUAAAAACCAGAUAUUAUUAGAAAAUAAUAAAAGUUUACAUAUCCGAAGAAUAUUAUAAUUGUUAUUGACUGGUUUUAUUACACACAUUUAUUAUAUACAAUAAGAAAAGUUGUUACCUCGUUAAUUGAGAUUUAUGGAAAAUUUUAUUAGUGCCAAAACUAAAGAACUUCGAUUGGAGACAAUUAACAAAAAAAAAAAAAAAAUAAAAAUAUUGAAAAAUUAAGUUAUUAGUAAGAUAAAACUGUUUCAAGACAAUGUCAAGAUAUCGAUGAUAAAAUCGUUGCUGUCGCAUUGUUCGACAGAUUUAAUAUUUAAUUAAACCUCAAGUAAGAAAAGAAAAGAAAAGAAAAGAAAAAAAAAGGUUUAAAAAUGAAAGAAAAACGAAAAAAAGGAUAUGAAAAGCAGCUAUCAAAAAAAAGAGGAAAAAAUAAAUAAAAAAAUAAUAAUAAAGAAUAGUAAAAUAAAAAAAGGCCUUAAUGAUACAAAUUCAUUUUAGACAUUAAAAUUUUCUUUUGUUAUAAACUUAAUUAUAAUUUUCAAUCAAUUUCACAUUAAUUUUAAAUCUUAAAUCAAUUUUGAAAUAAAUUGACAUUUGAAUGAUAGAGUUAUUAUUAUAAAAAAAAAAAUAUAUAUUUUGUGGUGGCGAUAAGACGCGAGCCUCGGGAUGAUAUUCGAGGUUUAAAUGCAUCCUCAGAGCCACUCAUUGAAAUGAGCAAUAAAGAAUGGGACUACGAAGCACUACCGGAAGUGACAACGAGUGUAAUAUUGACACCAACGUCAACUCCGCCUACAAUACAAAAAAUACAAUCAACACCAAGGGUUUAUUUUCAAGCAGAAAAUCUGGCAUCUAUCAGAAGAAGAAGCAGCUCGAGGCAAUUUGCUUCACAAUCAUCUUAUCGAAGACGAAGUCGGAGUAUGAGUGCCUGGAGCGAUCUUUCGAGAGCUUCAUUCAAAUUCGAAGAAAGAGUUCGUGUUGAGUAUUACGUGAAUGAGAAUACAUUCAAGGAACGCCUUCAACUCUACUUCAUCAAGAACCAACGCUCGAGUCUAAGGAUACGAUUAGCCAACCUUUUUUUUAAACUAUUAACAUGCUUCCUGUAUAUUUUUCGAGUUGUCACCGACAACGAUCCAACAUUCGCCGCAUGUUACGGCUGCACUGCCGGCAACAAGAGCGAGUUUCUUGUGUCGAGACAUCUCACGGGAGAAGAGUUUCAAGACAAUCCAACCAUCAACUGGGAUGCAAUCCUGUGGGUGAGAAGACCCCUGGAAUUGUGGAUCGUUCAGGUGAUUCUCGCGAUAAUAUCACUGACAGAGACUUUGCUACUCGCUUAUCUGGGAUACAAGGGGAACAUCUGGCAGCAACUUAUGUCUUUCCAUUUCAUUCUGGAAUUAGUCACAACGAUUCCUUUUACUGUUACAUUACUGUAUCCACCAAUGAGAAAUCUCUUUAUACCAGUUUUUCUGAAUUGUUGGCUGGCGAAACAUUCAUUGGAAAAUAUGUUCAACGAUUUACAUCGAGCAAUGCAAAAAUCUCAGUCAGCUCUAAGUCAACAGCUAAUGAUUCUUAGCGCCACGUUAUUGUGCCUUGUUUUCACCAGCGUCUGUGGAAUACAACAUUUUCAGAGGGCAGGACACAGACACCUAAACCUCUUUCAAAGCACAUAUUAUGUCGUUGUAACGUUUUCCACGGUCGGAUACGGAGAUUUCGUGCCUGACAUUUGGCCUUCUCAACUCUACAUGGUCAUUAUGAUCUGCGUAGCGCUUAUAGUUCUUCCAACGCAAUUUGAGCAGUUGGCCUUUACGUGGAUGGAGAGACAGAAGCUGGGUGGUUCCUAUUCGUCUCAUAGAGCACAAAAUGAAAAGCACGUUGUCGUGUGCAGCACAACCUUACAAGCAGAUACCAUUAUGGAUUUUCUUAAUGAAUUUUACGCUCAUCCUUUGCUUCAGGACUAUUACGUGGUUCUAUUGUCGCCAAUGGAAUUGGAUACGACGAUGAGAAUGAUUCUUCAAGUGCCGAUUUGGGCUCAACGGGUGAUUUACAUUCAGGGCUCGUGCCUGAAAGAUGGUGAUCUCGCGAGAGCUAGGAUGAAUGAGGCUGAGGCCUGUUUUAUCCUUGCUGCGCGAAAUUAUGCGGACAAAGCUGCCGCUGAUGAACACACCAUCCUCAGGUCCUGGGCCGUGAAAGAUUUUGCACCCGAUGUACCACAAUACGUUCAAAUCUUCCGUCCAGAGAAUAAGCUCCAUGUGAAAUUCGCCGAACACGUCGUUUGUGAAGACGAAUUUAAAUAUGCCCUUUUGGCGAAUAAUUGCACGUGUCCUGGAGCAUCAACUCUGGUUACUUUAUUACUUCACACAUCACGAGGACAGGAAGGCCAACAGUCACAAGAAGAGUGGCACAGGCUUUACGGAAAAUGCUCGGGCAACGAGAUUUAUCACAUAAUUCUAGGGGAUUCACGAUUUUUCGGUGAAUACGAAGGAAAGUCGUUUACGUACGCCUCGUUUCACAGUCACAGAAAAUAUGGAGUUGCCUUGGUUGCAGUUAGACCGGCAGAGCUGCCUGAAUUCUACGAGGAUACAAUUCUUCUCAAUCCUGGUCCACGACAUAUCAUGAAAAAAACAGACACCUGUUACUACAUGAGUAUAACGAAAGAGGAGAAUUCUGCAUUUGUAGUGGCAAAUAAUAAUAAUAAUAAUAAUCAAACAACUGGUACAGAAUUUUCGGGCGUUGCUGUUGAAACAAAACAACAGGAUGCAGCAUCAACAACAGAUGCAAAUCCAACAACAUCAACAUCAGCUGCAACAACAACAACAACAAUGUCAACGACAACAACAACUGGAGGGAAUGGUACAGCCUUGAUGAGUAAAGAUGUUGAAAUGCACCGUCGAUGUGAAAAUAAUAUUAAAGAAACAACAAACAGGCAGGAGACCUGUAAUAAUAAUAAUAACAAUAAUAAUAAUUUCAUAACUCCCAGGGCUAGUUUGCCCCCUGUUAUAUUGCAGGUCCCCCUUAGCACGUCCACACUCCAACAUCACAACUUACUCGCAUCCGAUGUCCACCCAACAUAUCUCGAUACCGGAGCAAUAGGUGACUCAAGACAAUGUCUAAAGGACGCAGGAUCCUCGCCACAAACACCAAUUACAACAAAUCAUUUGGACGUUCCAAGAUCCAUGGAUCCAAAUCCAAAUCUUCUUAGUCCAGAAAUUUUAACACAAAGAAGAGGUAGUAGAAGACCGAGUAUUUUACCUGUACCCGAUAUGUUAACAAGUUCGACGUUAAAUUUACCUGGUCAAGAAUCAUUGGAUCACGAAGGUGAUGAAUCGGAAGAUGAAUUAGACGACGAUGUUCCCUGGAGAUCUCCUAGUGAAAAGAUAGCAAUCGUCAAAGGAUUUCCGCCUGUCUCUCCUUUCAUUGGAGUCUCACCAACUCUUUGUUAUUUACUCAAGGAAAAAAAGCCACUUUGUUGCCUUCAGCUGGCUCAAGUUUGUGAGCAUUGCAGUUAUAGAAAUGCUAAAGAAUAUAAUUGGCAGAAUAAAACAAUUAUUUUAGCCGCCGACUAUGCGAGCAAUGGAAUCUAUAAUUUUAUAAUUCCAUUAAGAGCCCACUUUAGGUCAAAAACAUCUUUAAAUCCCAUCAUACUCCUGCUGGAAAGGAGACCGGAAAUUGCAUUUCUGGAUGCUAUUUCCUAUUUUCCUCUGAUCUAUUGGAUGCUGGGCUCCAUAGAUUGCCUAGAUGACCUUUUACGAGCUGGUAUCACUUUAGCGGAAAAUGUCGUGGUAGUCAACAAAGAACUCAGCAAUUCUGCUGAGGAAGACACAUUGGCAGAUUGUAAUACAAUAGUUGCUGUGCAAACCAUGUUCAAAUUUUUUCCGAGCAUAAAAAGCAUAACGGAAUUAUCGCAGUCGAGUAAUAUGCGAUUCAUGCAGUUCCGAGCACACGACAAGUAUGCCCUUCACCUCAGCAAAAUGGAAAAGGUACUCCUCAGUGCUACUUCCGGUGACAGCUACCCCGCUGAGCCUCACAUGGGCUCCCCGAGAGAAAAGGAGAGAGGCUCUCACAUAUCCUAUAUGUUUCGUCUGCCCUUUGCUGCUGGAAGUGUUUUCAGUGCCUCAAUGUUGGACACUCUUCUUUAUCAAGCAUUCGUCAAAGAUUAUGUGAUAACAUUUGUUAGAUUACUACUUGGUGUCGAUCAAGCGCCAGGAUCUGGAUUUUUAACAUCUAUGAAAAUAUCAAAAGAAGAUAUGUGGAUAAGAACUUAUGGGAGACUUUAUCAAAAAUUGUGUUCGACAACUUGUGAAAUACCAAUAGGAAUAUAUAGAACUCAGGAUACAACGUUAACUGACACUUCACACGGUGACUCAGAUGCUGAGAGUGACGCCGGUGUUGGUGUGACAUACAAAAUACGACAUUCAUCAGCAGCAUCCUGUUUAGCUAAUUGUACCAGUCGUGAUAAGGGUUCUUCUCCUGUGAGUAAAGUCGAUGUGUCGAUUAACAGCUUUGGCAAAAUUUCUGACAAGUAUUCGGUGAGUGUUGGCGAUGAGGCAAGGGACAAUCAUGCCCAACAAAUAGAACGUGCAGAAAUAGCAAAUCUCGUGCGUUCAAGAAUGGAAUCAUUAAAUUUACCAAUAGCCGAUUACGAUGAUGUCUCAGAGAAACGUAAUAGUCUCUCAUAUGUGAUCAUUAAUCCCAGCUGUGAUUUAAAACUUGAGGAAGGCGAUAUUGUUUAUUUAGUACGACCGAGUCCAUUUUCAGCGCAAAAAACAUUUGAACGUCAUAAUUCAAGGAGAAAAAGUAACAUUAGCUUUUGUUCAGCGCAAUUAGUUCAACAAAUGAGCGCUGCCGUUGCAUCGGCUGGACUUACUGGCGCUGGAUCAGGAAGUCGUCGUGGCUCUGGGAUCGGAUUGGCCAGGGCACCACCACUCGGGAAUACAAAAUCAAAUUCACUUUCUCUACCAGACAGUCCCACCGUGGCCGGUAGCUUGAGGGGUCGUUCAAAUUCCCUUCGAGUCGUUGACGAUAUACUACUCAGACGUAGCAACUCAUUGAGGCAAGGUUUAAGUGGAGUGUCAAGAAGAAAAAGUAGCCUCGAGGACAUUGGCCUGGGUUCACUUUCGCAUCAUUCAAAUUAUAAUCCUAUUAAAAUUGCCUUGAACGGUUCCAUUGGAUUGGAAGUAACGCCACCUGAAGAAGGUGGUUCACAAGGUGUAAGUGCUUCCAAUACUGGAAUUCUUGAUGUUGGCCUUCCUACAAUACCUGCAUUUGGAAUGGGAUUGAAUCCAACGGGAUUGGGUGGUUCAUUGGGUGGAUUAUAUGAUCCCCCAUCAAUUCAAGAACCAAUUGGUCCUGCAAUUCAAUCCUCAUCCACGCAAGGUUCACAGGAUCCACAGCAUAUACAAGGGACAUUUGUAUGAUAUCAUCUCAUGUGGGGACGCAGGCUCUCCAAUGUAGUCAGAAAUAAAAAUCAGCAAACGAACUUUCGUAAUAUUAUCUAAUUUUUGCUGAAUUCACGUUCCCACAUGUAAAAAAUAGAACAAUGAUGAUAUAUAUAUAUAUAUAGUUAUAGGAUAUUAAAUAAAAUAGGUGGGAGAGACUCUUAUUUUUAUUCUUUCAUCUUCUUCAAAAGUCGCCGUCGUGUUCGUUGUUGUCAAUUAUUCGGGGAAUAUCAAUUUUUUUUUUUUUGCACUCAGAGAAAAGGUACUAUUCUUUGAAACAAAAAAAUUUUUUUUACAUUCAGUCAUGUUCUUAUCAAACUUUUUUUUUCCCCCGAUAUGUCAAUUUUGUGUGCCAAAAUUGUAAUUCUAUUGCAUUUAAUCAUAGAAAAUUAAUGGGUAUUAAAAUAAGUUGCAACGCUUAUUAUUUUAAUCAAAUUUUUAUUUUAAUUCAUUUUGGUAUUAAAAAUAAGUAAAAUUGGAUUAAAAUAAUAGUUGCAGCUUAUUUUAAUGCCUUUGAAUUUUUUGUGAAACAAUUGAUUUAUUUUAAUAAAUUUUUCUCGAAUUUGAUUGAUUCAAAUAAAUGAAUUAGUAAAAAUACUAAUUUGAAUUAGUGACUCACUUUUUGCUUCUGAAUUAGUAAAAUUUUACUAAUUUUACUUUAACUAACAAUUAGUAAAAUUUAACUAAUUCUAAAGCAAAAUAUUUAAAUUAGUAAACAUUUUUACUAAUUCAGAUUUAGAUAGUGUAUAGCAAUUCUUUUAUUAUUAUUCACAGAAAAUUAAAAGGCAUUAAAAUAAGCUGCAACGCUUAUUAUUUUAAUCCAAUUUUGCUUAUUUUAAUCCAUUUUGGUAUUAAAAUAAGCAAAAUUGGAUUAAAAUAAGAAGCGUUGCAGCUUAUUUUAAUGCCUUUUCAUUUUCUGUGUUAUUAUUAAUAUUCUUAUUCUUAGAAUUAUUAUAAAAAUUUGAUUGUUUUAAGAAAAUUUUUUUCUGAGUGUGCAUAAUAAGUCAGCGGUGACGAAAUAAGGAAAAUUUUCAUUUUUUUUUCGAUAUUAAUUUUUCUGUUUUGAAAAAAAAUGACAAAUUCCAAUAAUUUUUAAACUAGUUUAAGCAAAUAUUUUACAUUCAAAAAACAUGUGGUUAAAAUUUUAAAAUAGAAAUAAUUUUUCAAUAAAUUAAAAACUUUUGAAAUAUCGCACAUUUUGUAUAAAAAAAAAAAAAAAAAAAUUUUUAUAGAAGUUAUUUUAAUUUAUCUGAAUUUUCGAAGAAAUAAAUAAUUGCGAUUUUAAUAAUUUAUUAAUGAAUAAUAAUUAUAAUAAAAUUCUAUUGCAAUUUUACAAUUUUUACUUGUAAAAUUCAUACGUAAAAAAGUAAAUUAACUAAAAUUAGUAGACAAUAUUAAGAUUCGAAUUAAUAAAACGAAUUUAUAUAAUUUCAACUCAAUGAUGCUUUUGCACACGAAAAAAAGAAACAAUUUUUUUUUUCAACAUAACUAAUUUAAAGUUGAAAAAAAAAUGAAAAUUUCGUCCCGCAGACUUGGAUUUUUUUUUCUCGAUAUUCGACGACUUAAAUUUCAAGCUACCUGCUAUUAACACGAAGGUAACUCCGAUGGUUGAGAAAAUCCCGUGUGGUGGUGUUCCUGACGCUUCGUGUCCUGGAGUUUAAAAAAAAAAAAAUAAAAAUAACUUUUUCCUUAAAAAUCGAGUGUCGAGUGGAAAUAUUCAAGACUCAAAUUGUGUGAAAAGUGAAAGACAAUAUACCACAUGAGCAAAAACAAAAAAAAAAAAAAAAAUGACAUUAAAAUUCAUAUCCGUGAUAGUGUCAAAAUUAUUUUAUUUGACUCUCAAAAAUAUAUUAGAAUCAAUAUCGCAAUCAUUUUUGAGGAUCAAUCAAGAAAAAAAAAAGCAGAUGACGCUUUAGUAAAGCUUAGAGUAAAUAGUAAUAUAAUUUAUAUAUAUAUAAUAAUUGCGAACGUUGAAAAAUGGAAAACUGUGAAAAAAAAGUGCAAAAGCGACCUAAAUGCAAAUUCUCAUUAAAUUUAUUAAUUAAGCAUAUUAAAUUAGAAAAUUAUAUAUGUUAAACAUAAAAAAUGUUUCAAUUUCUAGAUUUUAUUUUCAAACAAAAAAAAAAAAAAAAAGAAUUAUGAAUUAUUGCACUUUUGUGAAUAUUGCAAAGAGUUUUUUUUUUCCAAAUAUUCUUUUAAUGCAUAUCAUGUUUUCUAAACUUUUGAUUAUGUAUAAAUUAUUUAAAUGAAUUUUGAUCAAUCAUUUAGACAAUCUUGAAAAAUAAUCGAAAUUUAUAAAUUUAUUACAACAAUUUUAUUGGUCCAAAAUAAUUUCAAAGACUUUUUAUUGCUCAUUGUAUUAUUAUAAUCUCGCAAAAAAAAAAAGAUAUAUAUCUAUAGCUAAAAAUUAAUUAAUUUUUAAUUAAUCAAUUUUUUUCUAAUUUUUUUCUUUCUGCAAAUUUUAAUUAUUCUGCGACAAUCUCUUUUUGUUAUAAAUAAAGAAUCUGAUGGAAAAUCCUCAAAUAUACCUCAAAUUUAUCAAAUGCAUAUAAUAAAGAGUGCAUUUUUUUUUUUUUUUUUUGCAGAAAGCGGGAUCAGUCAAAUGUAAACUCGACCAAUUUACAUAAUGUUUAUUUAAAAAAAAAAAUUUUUUUGUUAUGCUCUUUGAUUUUCAAGAAUUCUUUAAAUAGAAAUUAAAAAAAUAAUGUUUCACUCUAAUUAGAAAAAGUACAAAAUAAAAAAGUUUUUAAUAAAUCUUUAAAUAAUUCAAAAAAAUUAAUAUUUUCAACUUAUUCUAUUUAAUUAUUAUUCUAAUUGCAUUGUACUUUAAAUAAUUGUAAUUUAAACCAAUUUAUCCACAAAAUAUAAAAUAAUUUUUAAAUAAAAAAUGUAUUUCCAAAAUUUUUUCUUUAGAGCAGAAUUCGCUUUUCUUAUUAAAAGUAUAAAUAAUGAUAUAAAUAUUUUUCGUAAUAUUUACAGUAAUUUCACACUAUUUUUAUUUUUGUUUUUUUGUUUUUUGUUUAGAUAAAAACUUGUAAUAUAGCCUGCAUUAUCUAAGUUCGUCUUCGAUAAUUCAUUUAAAACACAUGUAUUAUAUAUAAAUAUUACUACAAAUGACUUCAAAAAAUAAAUCUGAGGCAUCGAUUUUUUUAGAAUUUUCAAUUAUUAAAAUCUAGAAUCGAAAUUUAGAAGUCUAGAGACAAAAAAAAUACCGUAAAGUGUGAAAUCGAAUGUCCGAAUGUGUGUGUUUUAAUCGAGUAUGCAUGUAUAUAUAGUUAAAGAUUUGUCAUAUAGAAUUUAAAAAAAAAAAAAAAAAUUAUUUAAGGAUAAUAAAUUUGCGAGACGAAUUAAUAUGUCACGCCGAAAUACAGAAACAAUACUGCGAGAAUUAUAAUUCCUCUUUGACGAGUAACAAUAAUAAUUAAAUCGCAUUAUCUACAUUAUAUAUAUACACAGGUAGUCCAUAUCGCAUCGGGGAGGGCUCCAAAAAAAAAUAUGACCAAACAAAUUUUUUCAAAAACUUUCAUCAAAAAAAAAAAAAAAAAAAAAAAAAAAAAAAAAAAAAACAUUUGCACAGUAUUUUUUUUAACUAUAAAAACGUAUUUUCAUGUUACGGAACUCGAUUUUCAAUAGUUGCAAUUCUUUUUAAUUUUAUUAUAAUUAAUAUUAUAUAUAUUUUGUUAUAUUAUUAUAGUGAUAUUAUCAUGUUAAUUUUAUUUAUAUAAAUUAUGACUGUUGAAAAUAUUUGUUAUUUAUUGUAAAAAUUAAGGUCGAGUUCCAUAACAAAUAUAAAAAAAAAAAAUUCUUCGAAAAAAUAUUCGCAAUACGAUGUAUAUGAGUGAUAAAUCACAAAUUUUUGAUCGUGUGACUCACGAAAGCAUCGAGUACUAUACAUAUUUGCGUAGAAGAAUAAAUUUGUAGAUUGUACUUCUCUCGACCAGAAAACAAAAUGUUAUAUACGUGAUUGCACGUGAUGUAAAAUAUUAAAAAAAAAAAAAAAAAAAAAAAAAAAUGUAUCAUAUUGCCAUCAUUGCAAAAACAUCUCGUUCGCUCGCAACGGAUUAAAUUUAUUAUAAAAUAAAUUAUUAUAAAGCAAAUUGUUUAUUUAUUUAAAAACAACUUUUUAUUUUUUAAAAAAAAAUGAGAUUUAAUAAAAAAAGAAACUCAUUUUAGAUAAUUAUAUUCAGGCGUAAUAAAAUAUUACAUAGCUUAAAAUAUUGAUGCAUCGUACUUUUUUUUAAUCGAAUACAUUUUUGGAAUGUUCUACAAAUUAAUAAUUAUUUACAAAACUGGACAAUUUUCUAACGACGCGCCAUUAAAAAUUUUCAGUCAGUAUCUUGUAUAUAUAUAUAUAUGUAUAUAUCAAGAUUUAUAUUAUGUGCAUACACUUCUUUUGUGUAUAGUAAAAUUACAAGUAAAUUUUAUAAUACUUAGAUUUUCUCUCACUCGUUACAUUCUUUUUUUUUUUUUUUUUUUUUUUUUUGUUUUCUUAAU